CCCUCGCCGCCGCCCUAUAAUAAGUGGCCCGGCGCGGACUCCGGGUCAUGGGGCGCGCCCGCCGUUCCCCGCGAUGGAGGCGGCCGAGGGCUCCCACCUGGACGCGCUGGCCUACCUGGAGUGCGCGCUGGGCGUGCUGGGCUGGGUGCUGCAGACGCGGGUGCGCUCGCCCUACGGGCGCCACGCGCCUCCGCGCCCCGCCUGCGGGCUGCCCGCGCGCGCCGCCUGGGCGCUGCAGGAGCUGCCGGCGCUGGCCGUGCCGCUCGGGGUGUGCGCGCGCACGGCCGCCGAGCGCCUCCGCCACGCGCCCAACCGCGUCCUGCUGGCCAUGUUCCUCGCGCACUACGCGCACCGGUCCUUGAUUUUCCCACUUCUGAUCCGAGGAGGAAAGCCAGUGCCCCUGUAUGUAUGCACGUUGGCGUUCAUGUUCUGUACCUAUAACGGCUACUUGCAAAGCAGAUACCUGAGUCAGUAUGCGGUAUAUGCGGACGACUGGGUCACAGACCCCCGGUUUCUAGUAGGUUGCUGCGUGUGGUUGGUGGGGAUGGUGCUCAACAUCCAUUCAGACCACAUCCUGCGGAAUCUCCGGAAACCAGGGGAGACCGGAUAUAAAAUUCCACGGGGAGGCUUAUUUGAAUACGUGACCGCAGCCAACUACUUUGGGGAGGUGGUGGAGUGGUGCGGCUUCGGCCUGGCCAGCUGGUCCGUUCAAGGCGCAGCCUUCGCCGCCUUCACCUUCGGCAUUUUACUCUCGCGAGCACAGCACCACCACCAGUGGUACCUUGAGAAAUUUGAAGAUUAUCCAAAGUCCAGGAAAAUUAUAAUCCCGUUUUUGUUGUAAGUGUGCUGUCGGUGGGACUGUCUGGGACUUGAAGCGUUUCCGUGAUGUCUCCCUGGGGGCUGCGUAAAUGGACUGCUCUUCUGUCAUUGUCCUGCUGCUUCAUCGUUUUCAAGAGUUGCUCCACGGAUGCUUUCCUGGUAAAUGUGUAAGUUGCCGAAUACCAGGCUAAUGAGACUGAACAGCAGGCCGAAGUAGCGGGCUGCACACCGGGUUGGGAAUCCGCAACUCGGGGUCGUUCCAGCCACCAUCUCUCUGACUCGGGGGUCCCCUCUUUGGGCUGGUACAAGACCAUCCGUGAUGGCCUCUAUGGACUGAAACAUGUCGCCGCCCCUGGUCCUACCCAUUCCACCGUCAGUUCAAGGCCACAGGUGAUGUUGCCUCCCCACAGAUACAGGCAGCGCUAUCUCCACGGCCCCGCUCACCCUGCUGGGUCACGAGGCUCUCACCGUGGGUGUGUGCAGCGGAGAGCAUGGGGGCAGAGAAAGGAGACGCAGGAUGCAGGUGAGGCCGGGACAGGAGGCCUCUGGCACCUGCUGCAGCCUGGCCCCCCGGGUGACUCCGCUGCAGAGGGGGUGCUGGGUGAGCUUGUGUAAGGGUCAGGCGCUCUGGCCCCCGCAGAGGGAGCCCCUCGUGCCGAUCACCACAGGCAUCAGUACUCCCUGGUUUAAGAUGAUUUCUCCUCCUGGGGCGCCUGGGUGGCUUAG